GGGAACGCACCGGGGAUGAACCGGGGAUGCACCGGGCGGCUCCGGCAGGGCAGGGGACACGCGUGGCCGGUGUCCCGAGGACUCUCGCCGCUACCGGGGGCGCUUUUCCCCGCGGGAUCCAUCCCUGGCUGUGCUCGGCGGGAUGCAGGAGUGGGGGCGGAGCCGCCGCUCGGUACCGGGAAGAGUCACCGGGAGCGGGGUACCGGGGGCGAAGCGGGCGGUCCGCUUUUCCGCCGAGAAAACGGAAGCGGAGGUGGGAAAAAAAAAAAAUUAAAAAAAAAAAAAAAAGCAAGCUCGGUUUGCCGUCCCGCCCUCGCCCCGCCUCUGGCGCACCGCCGCCGGUUAUAUAACCCGGCCGCGCCGGUCCCGCCCGCACCCCGCCGGCCGCUCGCACCGGGCGCCAUGUUCGCCGUGAAGCCGAAAGCUUUCAUCGGCUUCAACCUCUACUGCGGCGGCUCCCCGGCGCUGAGCCCCGCGGGGCCGGGGCCGGUGCCGGGGCCGGUGCCGGGGCCGCUCCCGGGGCCGCUCCCGGGGCCGGGGCCGCUGCCGGGCCCCGCCGCCGCCGCCGCCGCCGCGGAGCCGCCCCGGGAGCGCCGCGCGGCCGCCGCCGGCCCCCCCCGCGCGCUGAUUGGCUGCGGCGCGGCGCCGCGCGCGCUGAUUGGCUGCGGCGCGACUCUAUGGCGCCCCGAGGAGGAGCUGGACGGAUGCGAGCCCGAGCCCGAGCGCGGCCCCGAGCCCGGGCCCGCGAGCCCGGACGGGCUCCGGCAGGACUCGCUGGAGCUCAUCAGCCGCUACCUACGGGAGGUGGCGGGGGAGGAGCAGCCCAGCGCUAAGAAGCUUUUUCCGGGUGUCCUGGGCGGGCCCGGGCGGCCCGGAGCGGCGGGGGAUGCGGUGAUGGAGAAGGCGCUGGAGACGCUGCGGAGGGUCGGGGACGGCGUGAUGAGGAAACACGAGCUCGCUUUUCGAGGGAUGCUGCGCAAGCUGCGCAUCCGGCGCGAGGAGGACCUGCGCGCCGUGGUGGAGGUGGCCGCCCACCUCUUCAGCGACGGGGUCACCAACUGGGGCCGCGUGGUGACCCUCAUCUCCUUCGGGGCCUUCGUGGCCAAGCACCUGAAGAGCAUCCGGCAGGAGCGCGGCAUCGCCUGCCUGGCCACCAUCAUCACCGACAGCCUCGUGUCCUCCAGGAGAGAGUGGCUGGAGAGCCAGGGGGGCUGGGGCGGCUUCGUGGAUUUUUUCCGCCUGGAGGACCUGGAGGGCGGCGCCCGGAACCUUCUGCUGGCCUUGGCGGGCCUGGCCGGCCUGGGCACCGGCCUGGCCUGCCUGCUCCGGUGAGGCGCACCUGCCAGGACCUGCCGGGACCUGCAGAGCUGCCAGGACCUGCCACAGACCUGCCAGGACCUGCCGGGACCUGCCGGGACCUGCCACAGAGCUGCCAGGACCUGCCGGGACCUGCGGAGCUGCCACAGAGCUGCCAGGACCUGCCGGGACCUGCCAGGACCUGCGGAGCUGCCGGGACCUGCGGAGCUGUCAGGACCUGCCGGGACCUGCCACAGAGCUGCCAGGACCUGCCACAGAGCUGCCAGGACCUGCCGGGACCUGCCAGGACCUGCGGAGCUGCCGGGAGCUGCCACAGAGCUGCCAGGACCUGCCGGGACCUGCCACAGAGCUGCCAGGACCUGCCGGGAGCUGCCGGGAGCUGCCGGGACCUGCGGAGCUGCCCAGGACCUGCACCAACAGAGCUGCCAGGACCUACCGAACUCCCAGCACAGCUGCCAGGACCCGCAGAGCUCCCAGCAGAGCUGCCAGGACCUGCAGAACUUCCAGGACCAGGACCCGCAGAGCUGCCAGGACCUGCCAGGAGCUGCACUUUUGAGAGGACUGACUCCCAGCAGAGCUGCCAGGACCUGCCGGGACGCUCAGAGUUCCCGCAGAGCUGCCAGGACCUGCCCGGAGCCCUUUGGGCAGAAUUUCCGUUUCCCUCCCGGUUUUUUUCUUUUUCUUUCUUUUUUUUUUCUUUAUAUUUUCUUUUAUUAAGAAUUUUUUUCUUUUUUGUUUCU